AUGCUGACCGACCCAGUAAACACGAACGUCAUCUUUUGGACAUUCAUAUUCCUUCUUUCAUGGGGAAUCUUGACAGGGCUGGUGAAGGUUCCCUCUUUGAAAGCAUACAGCUUGAGCAGAAAAGCAGAGAACACCGAACAGACCUGGAUAUCCGAAACGUCUCCAGCCCCACCACGCCUGGAGAUGCCUCCUGAGCCGGCCAGCCGUAGGCCGUCAGAAAGCACUACCCUGAACGGAACCACGAUAACUGGACACCACGCCGAUAAGGAAGCCGGCUUGGUCCCGGACUCGAGGACCGUUUCGGCAUACUUCACCGACAGCGACUGUCCCACCCCAGUCCCGCCACCUCCGGAUGCCGUCGAUGAGCCGCAUCGAAGACUCUCCGAAAGCACACAGAUCUCGGUACAACAACCCACCACAUGGGCCGUCUGGGCAGAAGAAUGCUACCCCAUAGCCCUGGCCGUCAUUCUCAUUGUAGCUGUGGGCAUCCCCGUCUCUCGCAUCGGGGGAGACGACCGCAUCCUCGAUGGCUGCAUGAUGUGGUUGACCUGGACCACUAGCACCAGACUCCAGCGUACCUUCAGUCGCACCCAUCUCCUGACCGCUUCUCCCAAUCUCAAGACGACGGUCACGACGCUUCUAAACCCAGUACUCCUCAUGACCCUCGCCAUGACGGCCUACACCCGUGCCAGAGCUGCCGCGACGCACACGGCCAUCGAAGAGAUCCUCGCAGCAUUCAGCGGCGGAACUUCACUCUCAGACCUGUGGGCAUCAAAGACAACAAGCUGGACCCUCCGGCACGAUCAACGUGAUUGGUUCGGCGCAGGCGACGCGGCUCUUUCGAUUCUCGAAUGUGGCAUCGUCGUCUGGGGCUUCAAGCUCUACGAGUGCCGACGUCAAAUCUGGAGCCGUGCCGGCGUCGCCGUGGUGCUCAUCUCGACCGGUAUGGCUGGUAUGAACGUCUUCGUGUCCGUUUUGCUGGGAAAGGCGGUAGGCCUCGAAGGUCCCGAGGCUUUCGCGUUCGCGGCACGUAGCACGACACUCGCUCUAGCCAGACCGGCCAUGGAGGCGCUACAGGGCAACCAGGUCGUCAACGCUGCGCUGGUGGUGAGUAACGGCAUUCUAGGCCAGCUCAUGUACCCCUUUCUUUUACCGAAAUUCGGGUUGCAGGGACCGACACGUGAUGAUUGCGACGAGGAGGAGACGACGAAGGACGGCCCGCUCACCAUCGCCGCUGGGACAGCGAUCGGCAUCAACGGAGCGGCCAUGGGCGUCUCAUAUCUCUAUGAGAGGAAGAUGAGGGCCGCGCCUUACGCUGCCCUGUCCAUGACGGUAUUUGGUGUUAUGACUGUUGUUUUUACUGCUGUUAAUCCGUUUACGCACGCACUGCUCUACCUGGCUAGUUAG